AUGUCUGACAAGAAAGACGACAAGAAAGCCGACACGGAAGCCGACAAGGAAACCGACAAGCUGAUGGACAGCCUGAAAGGUCUGGUGAUCGGUGCCAGUGGCAACAUUCCUGGGUAUCAGCAUCGCCAGAUCAGGAAAAUGGUCGAAGAAUGCGGCGCCACAUUUGCCCAGAUGGACGUCAGUAAAUGCACCCAUCUCGUCACAACGCACACCGGUAUCAGGCAGGGACACAUCAAAGUUGAUCGGGCUAUUGCAUCAGGAGAGUGUCAUAUUGUCAAUGUGCAUUGGCUGCUGAAGAGCAUCGAGAAUCAAAGCCCUGAAGAAGUCUGGCAGUACAAGUUGCUACAGAGCAAGAAUCCUGCGAAUGCGAUUGACUUGACAGGCAAUAAGCGUGCGCGAGAAUCCGACUCUGACGACGAAGAUGCCGGUUCCUUGAAGAAGCCCAAGGAUGAGCGAAAGAUCAGGUUCGCAAAGCUAGCUGCCUUGGUGGAUUCCGAAAUAGAUACCGAUGGAGGUCAGCUCCCUCUUUUCCUUUCGUUCCGAUUUGGUACUUGGCUUAACCAUAGAUUGAUAUUAGGCAGGACGUUGUCGGUUUGGAUGGACGAUGCUGGGGAAAUCUUGGAUGCGACACUCAUGAAUACCGUCACUAUAAAGGGGUCUCAAGCGACUUCUAUUAUCCGACUCCAACUUAUCUUCGAUUCCAACUCAGACAAGUAUUAUGUUUUUCAAGCGCAACGUGAAAUUCCCGCUACUGGAGAUGAGCCCUCAAUUACAACGCACGAAGAGUUUUGUGACACCCUGGACGGCGCCAGAUGCGAUUUCGAGGGAAAGUUUCGGAGCCAGAGUGGUCUGUUAUGGAAGAACAGGCACGAAAUUCCAAAAGAUGACAGGUUCGUAUCUCUGGAACUUCAAUACGAAGAGCCCGUUAUUCUCGUUAGCGAGAAAUGCGCAUUCGCUCAAAGUGUUGAGAAUGUUUUGAGCCUCAUCUUUCAGAAGGGUGACUGUGAACGCUUUGUCAACUCGAUGAGCACCUACGGUCGUAGGAUGGAUCUCGCAGGGCAGUUCAAUGGCCACACUCUUCAGGCUGGGAUUGCAAUUUUGAGAAAGAUUGUGGAACUUUAUGGAAAGAUUGCCAUGAAGUCUUGUGGUCCGCAAGUUGAUAAUUUGUGCAACCUGUAUUCUGUCCUGAUGGUGAAUGGUGCACAGGAUUUCACUUACAAUCGGCCCGGGCUUGCUCCUAUCAUGGGCGAACUGAUGACUCUUGAUUUAGCAAUCAAGCUCCACACUGCCAGCAACAUCUUGAGGGGAAAAAACAGCAGAUUGAACACAUCUAUGACAAUGAGACAGAUAUCCCAUGCGCUCGGUCUGGCAAAGUUGACCCCAGUGGAUCAAACUUCAAAGGAAUAUGCGGAGCUUUGUAAGUAUCUCCAUGGGUCGGCCAGAAAAGCACAUGCGAGACAACUCAAGCAAGUUGUUGGUGUUUUCCGCUUGAAGCGGCCAGGUGAGAUGCAGCGCUUCGCUCGGUGGGAGAAGGAAAACACAUCCAAGAUUGGAGACCGGCGACUCCUUUGGCACGGCUCAUCGACUGUCAAUUUUGCAGGAAUCUUGAGUCAAGGACUACGCUAUGGCGGACUUUGCAGUGCCAAUGGAAAGAGAUUCUGUCAGGGAAUCUAUUUUGCCGACAUGUCGACCAAAUCGCUAGGCUACUGCCAAGGACAAAAGCAGGCGUUGAUGGCGCUGUGCGAAGUCGAGCUGGGCAGGCCAGGUACCGAACUUUCAACCACCAGUCCAGCGGCUACUGUUCAUUCGAAAUGGCGCGAUGCUGGAUGUAUUCAUGAAGACUUUGUGGGGACUCAGAUUCCGGAUGUGCGGGUUCCGCCUGCGCAAAUGCAUGCCAGCGGGCUUUACUAUCCGGAAUAUAUUGUCCAGGAUCCAGCUCAGGUUCGCCUGCAGUACUUGUUUCAUGUUCAGUUGCAGUGA